UUAAAGCGCAAAUUUUCCUCCAGUUUGCAACCUGUUGCGAAAAGAUGAAGCUGCUUUUGUGCGCGCUGGCGAUCUUCGCCCUCAGCGACGCGUUCGUGCAAAAAGAUUUGCUGAUUCCACCUCAGAGUGCGGUUGCCAGGGCUUUCAACAACAGACUAGAGGAGAGAGUGCUUGGCGGCACUCAAGCCAGCAUCAAUGAGUUCCCGUACAUGCUUGCGAUCAUCUCCAGUAAAAGCACAUCGGGCGAAAACGACGGCUUCUGCGGUGGAUCCUUGAUUUCGAGCCAAUACAUCAUCACGGCUGCUCAUUGCCUCAAACAGUACACUGUUCACCACGCCAUCUUGGGCACACUCCGACCCUUGGAUACAGCCAGCGCUGGUUACACGAAAAUUGUGAUUUCCGCCAAAAAGCCGCACGAGGGCUUCACUUACUCCCUCCUGGACAACGACAUUGCUCUGCUCACUCUGGCGACCAGUGCUCCCACCGGCGUUGCAAACAUCAGACCAGUUUUGCUCCCGCGCAGAAGCUUCGACGCUGUCAAUCUCGUUGGCAGAUCUGGUCUCCUGACCGGAUGGGGAAAGAUCAACGAUGAUCCUGGCACCUACCUGAGCUCGAAUCUGCUGAAGGUCAGCGUGCCCAUCGUCGAGAACACCAUCUGCCGCGGCGACUACGGCUCGGUCUACAUAAAUGACAAGAAGGUUUGCGUCGACACCGACGGAGGAGCUAUUGGCGCUUGCCACGGUGAUUCCGGUGGUCCGCUGACCUACUACGACACCGUCAACAAGGAAACCGUCCAAAUCGGCGUGAUGAACUUUGGCUCUAGUUCCGGUUGCCAAUCUGGCUUCCGCACCGUCUACACCAGAGUCACCAACUACACCCAAUGGAUCGCCAACAAUGGCGGACCAGCAGUCAGAACUUAACCUUCUAAUAUGCUAAUAGAUAUUUAUAUAUUGUCUUCAAACUAUAUCUUUUCUCAGAAUGCAACUCCUUAUAUACAUAUAUAUUUUAGCGGAGGUAACGAAAAAGCAAUAAAUUUCAGGAAUUUUUAACCAACCAA